GUCAGCUCAGCUCCACUUUCCUAAUCCAAAUUCCAAACAAUCACUUUGUCUGAAAAUCAACCUUCACCAACCUCAAAAUUGUCAUUUUUUCAGGAUCGUAGUAAUUAACACAAUUUUGCGGCAAUGUCUACCGACGUUAGUCCGAGUAACGUUAGCUCCAUCGAUACGACACCGUUCCUCACCAAUUCCCGUAGCCGACACAACUCAUUCCGUCGGCGUCCAAGUCUCCGUGGAGCCGCCGGCUUCUUACGGCGCGCAAGCAGCCGCCGAUUAAUGCGCGAGCCAUCUAUGCGUGUCCGAGAAGCCGCAGCUGAACAAAUCGAAGAACGACAAAGUGAUUGGGCUUACUCAAAACCUAUAGUUAUAUUAGAUCUCUUAUGGAACUUAGCUUUUGUUAUCGUAUCUGUUUCGGUGCUUAUACUUAGUAGAAAUGAGUCUCCUUCUAUGCCGCUAAGGGUUUGGAUUGUUGGAUAUGGUUUGCAGAGUGUGCUUCAUAUGGUUUGUGUUUUUGUUGAGUAUCGAAGACGAAGACGAAGACGGAUAAGGAAUUUGUCAGCAAAUUUGACAAGUGGGGUUGGGAAUUUGAGUUCGGAGAGUGAUGGAGGGGAGUCUGGUGAUUAUUUAUCCGAGAGACGUCAAAAUGAGGAUGAAACUAGUGUUGCCAAGCAUCUGGAGUCUGCAAACACCAUGUUUUCUUUCAUUUGGUGGAUAAUCGGAUUCUAUUGGGUAUCUGCUGGUGGCCAAACUAUGACCCGUGAUGCACCUCAACUUUACUGGCUUUGUAUCACAUUUCUGGCGUUUGAUGUAUUUUUUGUUGUUAUAUGUGUUGCUGUCGCUUGUGUCAUUGGAAUUGCUGUUUGCUGCUGUCUCCCAUGCAUCAUUGCAAUCUUAUAUGCAGUGGCAGAUCAGGAAGGAGCGACUAAGGAAGAUGUUGAAAGACUGCCUAAAUACAAGUUUAAGAGACUUGGUAACUUUGAGAAAGAGAAUGGUGAGAUUCAAGAAUCAUUUGGAGGAGUAAUGGUUGAAUGCGACACUGAUACACCAACUGAGCAUGUUCUUUCACCGGAGGAUGCUGAAUGUUGCAUUUGCCUUUGUUCCUAUGAAGAUGGAAUUGAGCUGCGUGAGCUCCCUUGUUGUCACCAUUUUCACGCAGCCUGCAUAGACAAAUGGUUGUAUAUAAAUGCGACGUGUCCUCUUUGCAAGUUCAAUAUACUCAAAAAUGGCAAUCAAAGUGGCAGUGAAGAAGCAUAAGCAAGCUCACCACUUAUAUAUCCUUCGAAUUAAAGAUCUUCACACAGUUUUGGGUAUUGGAUCUUCUCUUGGACCUGAAAUAUCUUCACCAGGUUCUAACUGGCAGCCCAAAACUUGCGUCUGCUCUCAUAACUUUUUAGUAUAUAUGGCUGUUAACUUCUGUGUUCCAUAUAAUAUCAAUAGAGGUGGCAGUAAAUUUGCUUUACCUUAUGUUUGGUUUCUUCCUGGUAUAUCUUACAAGUGUAUGUUGUAUGAAAAUUUAGGGGUGGCAAUUUUAACCGAGGUUUGGUUAACCCACCCAACCCGCUCAUAUUGAACCCGUAUACAA